GUAGAAUGGGUACCGAAGUAGAAAAAGCAGCUAAAACUACAUUUCUGCAACUCCGUCCCAUCUGUUCUGCAGCAGCCAAUAUUCCUAAUGUGGCUAAUUUUACAGCCUUACUGACGGCGCUUGAAGAUGUCGAGAUAGAAAACGCGCCCCAACUCGUACAAUACAUCCUGUUUCCUAUGAUGGUGGUUAUACAGAAACACAAUACCCACCCAACACAGGUAAAAGAAGCCGCAGUUAAAUGCCUCCUGUGUGUGGUGCGCAAAGUUAACGUGACAGAUACCUCAGUGUUCCUCAGUGUCUUCGACAAUGUCUCCUCCAUGAUAUUUCCCUCUGAGAAGACUAAUUUUAGUGACGAACUUAUACACCUUGCUCUACAGGUGAUGCUGACCAUGUUUCAAGAAAUAACCGAACCUACACUCUGUCAACUAUGCACUGUUGAGCGCUUACCCUUCGCGGGUCACAUGAUCGCCAUUGCCCUGACAUAUGCGCAUAAGUGCGCAAGCAAAGAUGUGAAACUUACUGCUCUUCAGUUUCUACAGAUAAUGUUUGACAAGAUGUCCCGUAUAGAGGGCUCCGAAGUAAAAGAAGAAACAGAACAAUACUGGACCCAUAUUAGCGGGAGUGAUCUGUUAGCUAGUCUACUUCCGGGCAUUGUUACCAUGCUCGUCAAGAUUAUCACUGAGCCUAACAAGUACUCGGAAGUGCAAGCUCGAUCAGUUGGCUGCCUUGAAACCUUUAUCUCUCUGACUCUGAACCAGCGACACUACCAAACCUCUAUUGGGGAGAGCUUUCAGAGUUUGUUAAGUCCGGAGAUAGAUAGCUGCCCAUUUACUGUGGACGACUUUAGGAAGGACCCAGCCGUUAUACUUGCUAAAAGGGACGCAGUGUGGUGGAGGAAAACAGUACUUAACGUUCAGCCGCUCAUUCACAGAAUGAUAUCAACUCUAUCAUCAGAAAAAGGGUGUGUAAGGAUAGCAGUUGCCAAGUUUCUCCGUACUUGUAUACGAGAUAGUAUGAGACCUUUACACCUCUGCAUGGAUAACAUCAUUGGAAUGUUGCUCUGCAUUCUUGACGACGAUGAUGAAGAGGUGAGUGAGAUAGCAAAAGAAGGUCUGACAAUAGUGUCUAAAGAUAAUGGAUUGACACUGGUUUCCAUAGUAACAGAUGCACUUCAGGAUAUUACUCUGAAAUUACCGACGAUAGUGCUUGCGUCAUGUGAAGAUAAAAUGAUUGUCCUGAAGCAACUCAGAAAUCUGGUGUGUCUUCUUGGUGAAAAUGUUCACGUGGUCCUUAACUCAGAGUCCCAUUGGAUUUAUAUUGAACAGAUGUUUAUGAAGAUGUUGGAGAUAGACCCACAAGAGAUACGGAUAGAAGACCUGUCUGUACUGUAUCCGGAAUACAGUGCCGUCAGUAUCUCUGAUACCAACUGUAAAGACACAAUAAAAGCAGACCUAAAGAAAUCCACACGAACGAUAUUUGCGUUCAAGGAGAUCAGAUUUCAAAAUGUAGAGAACAAGGGCCUGCUCAACUUGAUUCUAGAUAUUGUUAACGUUAUGGGAUACCUUGGCAACAUAGAUGCUCUCGUCAAUUCUUUCAUGGAGAAGUUCCUAAAGUCAAAAGGACGGAAGGUACAAUCCCUUAUAAUAGUAUCAGAUCUGUUGUGGGGAGCUAAGGGUCACGUGUCCCAGCGUGCCAAGUCGCUCUGUCCUACUGCUAAAGUGAACGCAGAGCCGCUGGUUAUAGACACGGCAGAGGAAGUUCUUCAUACUUUACUGGACAGUCCUCUUUUCAAUGAUUCUCAGGAACCUAACAGAUCUGUAAAAGAAAUCAGACAAGAGAAGUUGCUGCACAGUUUAAUGCUGUACUGUAUGAGGGGAUGCUUUAGAGUCCUAGGAAAAUACGCACACAGAGAUCUGAUCAGAGCUCUGUACCCAGUACUCAACAAACUGGGCUCAACCACUCCGCUUGUUAGCGAGGCUGCUUUCGUUACUGUUCAGGGUCUAUGUCGUGAGUUCAACAGUCCGAACAUUGGUUUCUUCUUGAAACAAAACGCUGACUACGUUAUUAACACGGCGUGCUUGAAUAUGAGAUAUCUUGAUCUCUAUCCAAGUACAACUAGAGUUCUACAGGUUCUGAUAAAACAUUCCUCAAAAGAAGCUCUCCCACCUCUUCAGGACUGCUUACAUGAAAUAACAGCUUGUAUAGCUGUACACCAGAGAGACGAACACACGAUACCACUGUUCAAACUGCUGAAAAUCUUCAUGUUGAAAUUAGAGGACUGGUUUCCUGACGUGGAGUACACUAAAGAUGAACUCUACAGUAUAAAAGAGCUGGGUUUGCUGCGAGAUGAUAUCAGAGUUCAAUUGGACACACUAACUCCUAACGAGUUCAACAAGGCUUUUGUUCAGUACUUCAAUCUAAAUAACGAAGACGAACAGAACGUUUUUACUGGAGAAGGUGAAGAAGACGAUGAGAAGAAGUUACCACUUCAUUUGAGAACUUGUAAAACUAUAACAGAGGUUGCAAUACAAAACCUGACCUGCACCCAAGCAGACUGCCGAGUAUCCCUCCUCCAGACUAUAUGCACGGCACUGCGCAUCCUCUCAAAAACUGAAGACGAGUUAUUGCCACUGGUGCAUAAGGUGUGGUGGCACCUGGAAAAACGGCUUCUCAGUGACUACGACUUUCACGUGAAGUUGGAAGCACUGAAAGUGUUACAAACUAUAGCUAAAGUAUCCGGCUCCUUCAUCAAACAAAGAGUCUCUAAAGACCUCCUUCCUAGCCUCCUCAGUUCACUCGAACCAGAUAAAGUAAUAGUGAUACCAAAGCCCAAAGAAAUCCCCCCUUUAAAAAAGCCCAUAUCAUUCGAGGAACUCAAACGAAUGACAAUAAAACAUGCCCAAGAAACAAAAUCAGAGGUGCUGUUAACCCCAAGAUCAGUGCAAUUCAAAGUUCAACAGCGCGUUCUGAAAACGUUGGCAGUUUUAACAACAUACCUCAAAUUCCACGACCGGGACUUGUAUAGAAUUAUUGGUGCCAGCUACAAAUACCUUCACAAAGAUAUGCCGAACGAAAUGCAGAGAUACGCACUAUACCUGUAUCGUGCGUUAGUUGGUGUCAAUCCAGAUCUCAUGUGGGUGGUAUUCCACUCUCUCGGAGGUAUUCAGACUCCAAUUCACGAUCAAACUCCCAUGACGCUCUCACUCUUUCCAAAACCUCCUCCCCUUCAAACGGCGGGGUACAAGAAAACAUGCUCUGAGUGCCUUUACGGUCUCAGAACUUUGAAUUGGUAGAGAACAAGAACGAGAAAAUUUGAGGAACUAGCCGUUAACUUAAUACAUAUCAUGUUUUUUAAAGAUUAAGGGGUUUUCCUUCAUUUUCAAGAUCUCCAUAAAAUUACAAUGUGCUUUGUAAUAACUUUAUGAAAUACAUUUUCUUGCACUAAGUUGAUGUGAAAUAUAUGUUUGUGUGGGGGGGUACCAAUGGCAUAAAUGGCAUAAUGGAGAAUUGGCCAAUAAAAAUUUCCAUUUAUGCCAUAAAACGUAUGCCAUUUAUGCCAUUUUUGAUAUAAUACAUUUCUAUUUUCUUUAUUUGUCAUAUGAAUCUUUAACGAUCAUUCCAAGCGGUAUAAAGCAUAAAACAUGUCUCUUAUUCAAGUACUAAUAAUAAUUUGCGAAUUUAAAGUCAAAUAUGAAGACCUAAAUUCAUGGCAUAAAUGGAGAAUUGGCCAAUAACAAUUUCCAUUUAUGCCAAAAAACGUAUGCCAUUUAUGCGAUUGGUACCCCCCCGUUUGUGUCCAAUGAUCCCCUGGAAAAUGUUAUUCACAAAGUUUU